CAAGUAGCUUGAAUGGACGGAGAAUCACAAGAGAAUUCUAUAUUCUUCACUCUCCGCCUCCUCAUCCUCAUGCCCCCAAUUACUGCCUCUUUAGCCUAGCAGUUUGCCCCUUUCAGGCUUCAUCUCCCAUUUCCGUUACCCCUUGUUUUCUCCGUGUGCUUCACCGAUCAAUCUCGCCGGCAACCAGUCGUCUCUCACUCUCAUCACUUUCCAUUUUAAACCUCCCCUACAUUCUUUUUAGUUUUUUCCUUUUUUUCUUCUCUACCUUAAAGUUGCUUUUCUACCCUUUUCGGUUUCCCCCAAACAUGAGUUUCUCUUCUAAGAGGAAAAAAUUUUCCAGUUAAUGUUUCACCUGGUUUUCCCCCCUUUUGUUUAUUGUUUUUCUGUGUCUACAAUCAUGAAAAUUCUUUGUAACCCAUUCUUUCUCUUGUUCAUAAUUGUUGGUUUCUUUUUUCUGCUUCGGGUUCUUUUAAUCAGAACCGGAUUGAUCUAUGUGACCAAGAAAUGGUGGAGAUCAAUUGAAGAUUGUUUUCAUGCAUAUCAAUUCUUCAAGGUCCCAGAAUUCAACGAGAACAUGCAAGAGAAUCAGUUUUAUUCCAAAGUCUCUGUUUAUCUAUACUCUCUGGCUUCCGUGGAGGAUUCUGAUUUUACCAACCUCUUCACCGGAAAAAAAUCCAACGACAUCAUCCUCCGCCUAGACCCCAACCAGGUAAUCGAUGAUGAUUUCCUUGGAGCUAGAGUUUCUUGGAUAAACGAAGUGAAAACCGAUACAACAUCCAGAGCUUUCAUUCUGAAGAUCAGAAAAGCAGAUAAGCGAAGAAUUCUCCGGCCGUAUCUUCAGUACAUCCACACAGUUUUUGAUGAACUCCAGCAAACGAAGAGAGAAUUGAAGCUUUACAUGAAUAUUGACGGUAAUCAAAAUCACAACAGACGGUGGAGAUUUGUUCCUUUCACUCAUCCUUCAACUUUUGAAACAAUUGCUAUGGAAUCCGAUCUCAAAAACAAGUUAAAAUCAGAUCUAGAGUCUUUCCUCAAGGCCAAACAAUACUAUCACAGGCUGGGUCGUGCUUGGAAGCGAAGCUAUCUCUUAUACGGGCCAUCAGGUACUGGAAAAUCCAGCUUCGUAGCUGCCAUGGCCAAUUUUCUUGGCUACGAUGUAUAUGACAUCGAUCUUUCCAGAGUUUUAGACGAUUCCGAUCUCAAAUUGCUCCUACUACAAACCACAACCAAGUCUGUGAUUGUGGUCGAAGACCUCGAUCGGUUUCUGAUGGACAAAUCAACGGCUGUAAGCUUAUCAGGUGUUUUGAACUUCAUGGACGGGAUUUCAAAUUCUUGCUGUGCUGAGGAGAGAAUUAUGGUUUUUACGGUGAAUAGUAAAGAUCAGAUUGACCCGGCUAUUCUUAGACCGGGUCGAAUUGAUGUCCAUAUCCAUUUUCCUCUAUGCGAUUUCUCAGCGUUCAAGACAUUAGCGAAUAGCUAUUUGGGAGUGAAGGAUCACAAGCUAUUUCCCCAAGUAGAGGAAAUUUUCCAAACAGGAGCGAGUCUGAGUCCUGCUGAAAUAGGUGAGCUCAUGAUUGCGAACCGGAAUUCCCCGAGUCGGGCAUUGAAAUCGGUCAUCACAGCCUUGCAAACGGAAGGUGAUUGUAGAGGGUCUAUGGAUAAUAUGGGGCGACGGUUGCUCGAUGCCAGUUCAAGAAACUCCACGGAAGAAUCCGGUGAUCACUCGGGGAUAUUUUCUAAAGAAAAUGUUAAUACCAUCAAAGAUAUCAAGAAAUUGUACGGAUUACUGAAGUUGAGGAGCAAAAAAUCACAGUCGUUGGACUCGACACCAGGCCACAAGGAUGGGUGACGAUACGGGAUCGUUUUAUUUCGGAUAAAUUCACAUUUGGCAAGCACAUGGGGGCCGCACGAGGGGAAAGAAACUAGGAAGGAUCAGAAAAUACAAGGCAAAAAAAAGGGCCAAAUGGUAGAAAAAUAUAGAUUAGAGCACUCAGAUUUUGAUAUUCGUUGGCUUUGAUGCUUUGUAUUAUUGCAGCCCCUUGUACAAGAAUAUGAUUCUGUCAUCUCUUUUCUGUUACUUGUUUGUUCCCCUCGUAUUAGUAAUUUGCUUUAGACUUAAUUAUUUGAGUUUAAUGGUAAGUGUUAUGAUCUUUCCUGCCUAAUAUGGUGUAAUAAAAAUUUACCAUCUGGCUGCUGAAGAUUGUCCUAAA